CAAUUUUUCUUUCUUUUUCAGCACUGUGCCGGGUUGAGUAAGGGCCAGGUGUCAGCAAGCUGAGUAGAAGAGAACGGCAAGAUGUCGGGCCGAAGUGGGAAGAAGAAAAUGUCCAAGCUGUCCCGCUCUGCCCGGGCAGGAGUCAUCUUUCCAGUGGGGAGAAUGAUGCGCUACCUGAAGAAAGGAACGUUCAAGUACCGGAUAAGUGUUGGAGCCCCGGUCUAUAUGGCAGCUGUCAUCGAAUAUUUAGCAGCUGAAAUUCUAGAACUGGCUGGGAAUGCAGCAAGGGACAACAAAAAGGCAAGAAUUGCUCCCAGACACAUCCUCCUGGCAGUCGCUAAUGAUGAGGAACUGAACCAGCUGCUAAAAGGAGUGACCAUAGCAAGCGGAGGCGUCCUGCCCAGAAUUCACCCCGAACUGCUGGCUAAAAAACGAGGUGCCAAAGGCAAGUCUGAAACUAUCCUUUCCCCUCCCCCAGAGAAAAGAGGGAGGAAAUCUAUGUCAAGCAAAAAGGGUGGAAAGAAAGGAAAGGCUGCCAAACCCCGGACAUCCAAAAAGUCCAAGCCAAAGGAUAAUGAUAAAGAAGGAACCUCAAAUUCUACAUCUGAAGAUGGGCCCGGGGAUGGAUUCACCAUCUUAUCUUCCAAGAGCUUAGUUCUGGGGCAGAAGCUGUCCUUAACCCAGAGUGACAUCAGCCAUAUUGGCUCCAUGAGAGUAGAAGGUAUCGUCCACCCGACCACAGCAGAAAUCGACCUCAAAGAAGACAUAGGUAAAGCCCUGGAAAAGGCAGGUGGGAGAGAGUUCCUGGACACGGUGAAGGAACUCCGUAAAUCUCAAGGACCCUUGGAAGUUGCUGAAGCCGCUAUCAGCCAGUCCAGUGGGCUAGCAGCCAAGUUUGUCAUCCACUGUCACAUCCCUCAGUGGGGUUCAGACAAGUGUGAAGAACAACUUGAAGAGACCAUCAAGAACUGCUUAUCAGCCGCAGAAGAUAAGAAACUGAAGUCUGUGGCUUUCCCACCUUUCCCCAGUGGCAGGAACUGCUUUCCCAAACAGACGGCAGCCCAGGUGACACUCAAAGCCAUCUCGGCCCACUUCGACGACUCCAGCUCUUCGUCGCUGAAGAAUGUUUACUUCUUGCUCUUUGACAGCGAGAGCAUUGGCAUCUACGUGCAAGAAAUGGCCAAGCUUGACACCAAGUAGACCAAGCAGCCAAAUCAGCUUUAUUUUUCAACCAGAGUUUGAAAAGGAUUGACAAUAGAGCGAGAGUAGGUUUUAUUUUUGGAAGGCGCGAGCACUAAAGCGGUCCGAUUUAGUGGAGCGAAGAGAGGUAGGGCUGAGGCUGUGAAAAAUGUCCACCUUUGUGAAAGGCGCCCUCUCCCUUUUAUACCACCUUAAGAAGUAAUUAGCCAGCUCCCUGCAAGAAUUUGUUUUAAACGUGUUUCCUUCUUGCUAUUUUAGAACUUUUGAAAGGACAAACCUCAUUUUAGAUUUGUAGCAUUGACCUUUUGCACAAAAAAAAAUUUCAAAAUUCUUAAA